AUCCGCCCCCCAUGAAAAAUUUGUCCGCCAUUUUCUAUACGUUGUGCGAUCUCUUAAGUCAUCUGCUGUCUGCGGGUUUAUUUUUAAGAGAAGCUUAACGCAUUUGUUUGCAAUCAGUUUAUCGUCAAACACCAUGUCCGCCGAGCAGAAUGAAAAUACUUCCGACAAAACUGGGCAACAGCAGCAGCAGUCGCCGCAGCAACAAGGAGAAAUGAACGGGAAGGUCAAACAUGAGGGAAAUUCUAGCAGGAAGGAGAGACCCCAGAAGAGAGGUGGAGGUGGACGCUUUGAGCCCUAUGGAAAUGUGAACAAGCGAUACCGAGUUUUUGUCAGCAACAUCCCCUAUGAUGUGAAGUGGCAAGCCCUUAAAGACCUAAUGAAAGAAAAAGUGGGUGAGGUUACGUACGUGGAACACUUAAUGGACGCAGAAGGCAAAUCAAGGGUAAGUGCAAAUAUAUACAAAUACACCAUUUUUGAACUAUCCUUGACAAACGUGUGUUUGUCAGCUUUAGUCUCUAUCUUCAUUGUUGGACAAUUGUCAGAUUUCGAAACCUGAGGCAGUGGAUGAGACUGUGACGUGUCAGAGACAUGUCCUUUGUGGUGUCGCCUGUGGCCUUGACGUGAGGUCAUUUUAGGGUUGAUGCUCUGUCAGGGCUUCAGCUUUCUCUUAGCUUCUUAGCUGUGAGAUAGCUAUGUACUCACACAAACGUACCGAAAUGGUUGCUGGAAUUUCUUCUAAUGACCUAAAGAAGGUGAAUUCUGCAAGUGGCGGCCGAGGGUCCUAUUGAUGGUUGUUUAAUACAAAAAUAUUUUUAGAAAGAAGAAUCUCUUUCCUGGAAUAGUAACCUCCAAUAUUUCCGUUUUGAGGUAUCCAAUUUCAUUGUGGAUUUCCUCUUUUGGAUGUUGGACAGAAAAAAAAACAAGCAUGUGACUGCUUUGUGUUAUUGAUGGGAGAUUUGGCUAAGUAAUUGAAUAGUUGUGGCACCUGUUGUGGCCGAGGAUUUAAGCGUGUGGUAAUGUAUGUUUUCAUGUGCAUGAUUUUCAUUUUGUGUUAACAAAUGCAUAUUGUAAAAUCAAGUUUCAUGUGUUUUUUCCUAACUUGAAUCAUUUUUUUCAUUUUGGGUGGUUUCAUGAUCUUCAAUCAACAAAGGGGUGUGCUGUGGUUGAGUUUAGGACUGAGGAGCUAAUGAAGAAAGCAGUGGAGAAGGUCAACAAGCACAACCUCAAUGGCCGUCCCCUGAAAGUGAAAGAGGACCCUGAUGGUAUGAUUGCUCAGAGGGAAAUCAGCAAGGCACAAGGGGGUGCAGGCCCCCAUGGUGGCAUGGGUGGAAUGGAUCGCAUGAAUAUGGACAGAAUGGGCCCUGGACCAAAUGGCCCCAUGAUCAACGUCCCUCCCAGCCUGAUGAACAACCCCAGUAUUCCCAUGGAGAUCAUCCAUGGCCUGCAAGCGGGGAGAAUUGGCAACACUGUCUUUGUUGCAAAUCUUGACUACAAGGUGGGCUGGAAGAAGCUGAAAGAGGUGUUCGCCAUGGCUGGCGCAGUGUUGAGGACUGACAUCCUGGAGGACAAGGACGGAAAGAGCAGAGGGAUGGGCACCGUAACCUUCAACCUGCCCAUUGAAGCUGUCCAAGCUGUCUCCAUGUUGAAUGGACAGCUGCUGUUCAAUCGGAUCAUGCACGUAAAACUGGAUGAGAAGUCCAUGCCCAAAGAUUUUGGACCACCUGACCGAGGUGUAUCUCUCCCACGUGGCUUGAGUGGCAUUGGUUUGGGUUUGGGGCCUGGUGGCCAGCCUAUUGACGCUACCCAGCUGAACAGAGGCGGCGGUGGUGGAAUGGGCAACAUGGGCAUCGGAGGAAUGGAUGGAAUGGGCUUUGGCAACAUGGGAAACCGUAUGGGAGAUUUAGGGAUGGACAAUUUUGGAGGAAUGAACAACAUGGAUCGCUUUGGCUCUUCUGGGAUGGGCAGAAUGAAUGAUAUGGACCGAGGUAUUGGUGGUGGGUUUGACCGGGAGUUUGGUCGAAAUGAAAUGGGCAUGUCUCGCAAUAAUUUUGGAGACUCCUUCGAUCGAGGAAAUUCCAUGGGUAUGGACCGUAUGAAUUCUGGAAUGGACCGUCUUGGAACAAGCAUGGAUCGCAUUGGAGGGAUGGAUCGAAUGGGCAUUGACAGGGACCGCGUGUCUGACAUGGAUAGGAUGGGCUCUGGCUUUGACCGUCUUGGUUCUGGGAUGGACCGCCUGGGGCCGAGUAUGGACAGACUUGGAGGUGGCCUCGACCGCAUGAGCUCCAAUAUGGAUCGCCUCGGCCCAACUAGUUUCGACCGCUUGGGCCCAUCAGGCUUGGAUCGCAUCGCCUCUAGUCUUGACUUUGGCUCCCCAAUGGGCGUGGAUCGCAUGGGCAACACUGGUCUUGACAGAAUGUCCAGCAACUUUGACCGCAUGGGCUCCACUGGAGGUCUUGACCGCUUUCAGUCUGGUGGCCUAGAUCGUAUGAGCUCUGGAAUGGACCGGAUGGGAUCUGGUGGUGUCAGUGGUCAGUUUGAUCGUUCUUCUGAUAUGGAUCGUGGCUUUGGUGGAAACUCCUUUGGAGGAGCUGGAUCCGGAGGCCCUGGAAGUGGAGCGGGAAAUAUCAGAAAGGGUUGCCAGAUCUUUGUCCGCAAUCUGCCAUUUGAUUUAACAUGGAAGAUGCUGAAGGAUACCUUCAGUACAUGUGGUGUGGUGCAGUACGCUGACAUCAAGAUGGAGAAUGGCAAGUCCAAGGGCUGUGGUGUGGUUCGCUUUGACAACCCUGAGACUGCUGAGCGUGCCUGUCGUACCAUGAAUGGCUAUCGCCUCAGUGGAAGAGAAAUCGAUGUUAGGAUUGAUAGGAAUGCAUAGAUUGUUCUUGUUCAGCAGUUGACAUCAAGCUGCCGCUGUGUAUUAAUACACAAUUGUCUAAAUUUGCCAGACACUCUUCAUAUUCCCUUGGUUUGACAUUUGUCACAGUGAAAUAGUUUUAGUGGACUGUUUUUAGUUUGUAAAAGAUGUUUUUAGUUGUAAAAGAUGUUUUUUUUUUCUGCUAUGGUCCAUCCGAUCACUUUGUAAGUCAAGGUGUUUUGAUAAUAAACUUCAAUCAUUAAUCUUGA